CCCUGCCAGACUCGAACUGGCGGCCUUGGGAUAUCUACUAUGAUAGUAGUCAUAUAUGGUGAUAUGAGACCCACGUGAUAACCAACUACACCAAGGAGACCGAGCUACACCAAGUGAUGAUGAAACUGAUUCUUCGAUGGGGAGGCGUCGACAAUGUGGUUCUAUAAUUCGGUCGAGCGCCAAAGAUAUCGCUUUGCAUUGCUUGAAAAUCCCAUUUUCCGCUAACGAACAAGUAAAGAACUUCGAACUUGCAGCCCCACGCAACGGCAGUAUGAUCUGGGGCUUCUUCUUCUUGUCACAGUCACCAAAGUCGGGCUCACGCAGGCGGCACGUCUUGCGCGUCCUCUUCUCUCUUUCGCUUGCGCUCUUGUUCCUGUACCUUCUUCUCUUUCUUCUCUACCCAGUAGGUUUUCUUAACAAUAUGUUAGCUUAGGUGCAAGAGCGUGGCUACCAGUUCACCGGAGUUGAAAGAGAUGGGUAAUGGAACAACGUGAGAAGUGCAGUAGAUGAGAAGUGCGAGAGGUAGGAAGUGGAGACGUGGAAGAGCGAAGAGGU